CUUUCUGACGAUACAAAACAACCCCACCUUCCAACAUGUCUGCGAAAGCCAUAUGCGAGGCCGACGGCAAGGCCAUCCUCAACUACCACCUCACUCGCGCCCCCGUCAUCAAGCCGACACCACUACCACAGCAAGCUACACACAACCCGCCCGCGAAGCUCGCAACGAUCCACUUCGAGGAGCACGAUGAUGUGAUGGGCGUGCUUGAUGCCGCCGAGGCAACGUACCCCUUCCUGCUCGUGAAAGGCUCAAAGUUCGUUGCGAAGCCAGAUCAACUCAUCAAGCGGAGAGGCAAGUCUGGGCUGCUUAAGCUCAAUGCUACGUGGGAGGAGGCGAAGGAGUGGAUCGCCGCAAGGGCGAACAAGGUACAGAAGGUUGAGCACGUUGAAGGUGCAUUGAGGAACUUCCUCGUUGAGCCUUUCGUGCCGCAUGCACAGGAGACUGAGUACUACAUCAACAUCAACUCCGUCCGCGAGGGUGACUGGAUCCUCUUCUACCACGAGGGUGGUGUUGACGUCGGUGACGUCGAUGCGAAGGCGGAGAAGCUGCUCAUCCCAGUCGACCUCAGUGCAUACCCCAGCAACGAUGAGAUCGCCAAGGGUCUCCUAUCAAAAGUGCCGAAGGGCAUGCACAACGUACUUGUCGACUUCAUUUCCCGACUCUACGCCGUCUACGUUGACUCUCAGUUCACCUACCUCGAGAUCAACCCGCUCGUUGCCAUUCCGAAUGCAGAGAAGACGAGCGCUGAAGUCCACUUCCUCGACUUGGCAGCGAAGCUCGACCAGACUGCCGAGUUCGAGUGCGGUUCGAAAUGGGCCAUUGCACGUGCGCCUGCAGCUCUCGGCAUUCCAGUCAUUCCGAGCAAGACAGACGGCAAGGUACAGAUCGACGUUGGCCCGCCAAUGGAGUUCCCAGCGCCUUUCGGCCGUGAGCUGAGCAAGGAGGAGGCUUACAUUGCGGAAAUGGACGCCAAGACCGGUGCGUCGCUCAAGCUGACCAUCCUGAACAGCAAGGGUCGCGUCUGGACACUCGUCGCUGGUGGUGGUGCCUCGGUCGUGUACUCCGACGCCAUUGCCUCUGCUGGCUUCGCUUCCGAGCUUGCCAACUACGGCGAGUACUCCGGUGCGCCAACGGAGAACCAGACCUUCAACUACGCACGUACUGUCUUCGACCUCAUGCUGCGGGCACCGAUGCACCCUGACGGCAAGGUUCUGUUCAUUGGCGGCGGUAUUGCCAAUUUCACCAACGUCGCAAGCACAUUCAAGGGUGUCAUCCGCGCUCUUCGCGAGGUCGCUCCUCUCCUCGUCGAGCACAACGUGCAGAUCUGGGUUCGCCGUGCCGGCCCCAACUACCAGGAAGGUCUCAAGAACAUCAAGGCUGUCAGUGUGGAGCUGGGCCUCAACAUGCACGUCUUUGGCCCGGAGAUGCAUGUUUCUGGCAUUGUGCCAUUGGCCUUGAUCCCAGGCAAGAUGAACAGCAACAUUAGGGAGUUCGAGGGCUAAACGUAAAGUCAUCCUAUAUUUGUGUAUGCCACGAGAGGCGUGAUGGUACAUGAGGUAGUGACACGUAGGGUGAUCGGAUCUGAUUUGGCGGGCGCGGCUAACAUGCAUGGUCUUGGGCGUAUAUAGAGCGAUGUGGAAGAUGGUAUCAGCGCAGUUUGCUACAUGUGUAGCACAUCAUACAAAGCGUGUCAACGGAAAGGCGCGCGGACAAUCUCAUGUUGCCGAAAACCACUUUAGCAUGGCCCACGUGAGCGCG